GGGAGGGGGCGCGCAGCCCGAGCCCCGCCGCCGUGUCGCUCGGCCUGGGCGUGGCCGUGGUGUCGAGCCUGGUGAACGGGUCCACGUUCGUGCUGCAGAAAAAGGGCAUCGUGCGCGCCAAGCGGCGAGACCCAAUCGCUUUGCAGCCGUGCAUCCCACCGACCUGCCCUCUGGUUGGCGCCCAGGCGUCCCUGUCACCCGCACCCACCGGCUGCUAGGGAAAGCUUCCUGUUUGCAGUAUCCCCCGAAUGGUCGGAGCCCAGUGCCUGCUCAGAAGGAGCGACGGGCCUCCCGCCUUUGCCGUGACUCCGGCCUGGGGUGCACUUGGAGGGCAGGACCUGCUGACUUCUCGCCCUGCAGUGGCCACACCAGUGCAGAAGUACCUCCUAUUUAACAGACAUUGUGUGGUGGGCAGGAACAAUUGCAAUGGCUGUUGGCCAGAUUGGAAACUUCCUGGCUUACACGGCGGUCCCCACAGUCCUGGUGACUCCUCUUGGUGCCCUUGGAGUGCCAUUUGGGUCCAUUUUAGCUUCUUACCUUCUGAAAGAAAAGCUCAACAUCUUGGGCAAGUUGGGGUGUCUACUAAGCUGUGCGGGUUCUGUCGUGCUGAUUAUCCACUCCCCGAAAUCUGAGAGUGUGACCACUCAGGCCGAGCUGGAGGAGAAGCUGACCAACCCAGUGUUCGUAGGCUAUCUGUGCAUCGUGCUGCUCAUGCUGCUGCUGCUGAUCUUCUGGAUCGCGCCGGCCCACGGGCCCACCAACAUCAUGGUCUACAUCAGCAUCUGCUCCUUGCUGGGGAGUUUCACCGUGCCUUCCACUAAGGGCAUUGGGCUGGCAGCCCAAGACAUCUUCCACAACAAUCCGUCUAGUCGGCGUGCCCUCUGCCUGUGCCUGGUGCUCCUGGCCGUGCUUGGCUGCAGCAUCAUCAUCCAGUUCAGGUACAUCAACAAGGCCCUCGAGUGCUUCGACUCCUCUGUGUUUGGGGCCAUCUACUACGUUGUGUUCACCACACUGGUCUUGCUGGCCUCGGCCAUCCUCUUCCGGGAGUGGAGCAACGUGGGUCUGGUGGACUUCCUGGGCAUGGCCUGCGGGUUCACCACUGUCUCCGUUGGGAUUGUCCUUAUACAGGUGUUCAAAGAGUUCAACUUCAACUUUGGGGAGAUGAACAAAUCUAAUAUGAAAACAGACUAGGAUGUAACAGGGGGUUGGAUGGCUUGAGGAACAGGAAAUGGAUGUGGCUUCUGGUCCUGAUUUGUCGUGAAGUAGAAGAGACCGUAAAUCGCUGGUGUUGGAGUUGCCUGUAUAUUAAUGGAUGGGCUGGUGGAGAGUGAGGAUGUGUUGCUCAGCACUGGGGUGGGGGCCCAGCCUUCUGUACUCUGAAGUUGCUCAGUGGUUGCCUGGGUGUCAUCUCUCUCUGAUGAGAGGAAUCUUACGUUCAUUGCCAUUAACCUGGAAGCUUUCAUGAAUACUCUUUGCUUUUAAAACACGUCAUCAUUAUUUAAAUAGAAUGGGCCUUUUCUGAUUAGUCUUUGCAGGGGAACAGAUAUUCUUACUUAGAAGCUUACUUUGGAAAUGGGAGAAAUUGUUGUCUUGAAGUCUGACUCUAUAGUAAAUGUGUCUGUAGUUUUUUAAUUUUGCAUUAAGCAUGUAUAACAUUCAGGUGUCGGAUCCAAAUCAGAGGCAUAUACAUUUAAUUGGUUUUAAUCCUCUGAUGUGUUGACUCUCCUACCCCCAACUCCUAGACAUUUUAAUUGCAAACAGAGAGAGAAGAGUGAAUGGAAAUGAUAUACUGUUCCAUUUGCAGGAUGAUUUUCAAUAGCUCAAAUCAAUUUCAGUGCCUUUAUUACUUGAACUAUUCACUUAAUUUGACUAUUACUGUGUGUAUGUUCUCUUAGAUUAGAGUAAUGCAGCCUCCUUGAUUAUACUUUAAUAUUUCACUCUUCAAAACAUAAAUGUUCAAAGCAGUUAGAAAUUAUAGUAUAUUCAUUCACUGGAAGAGAGUCAAGACUAAGGGCACAUUGGAGUAAAUCAACCCUUUCAGCAUGUAGUUAUAGUUCAAUUAAAGACAAUUGACUUAAGUAGCAUGAGGUAUUUUAUUUGCAUUCAGUCUAAUGUAACUGGGAUCCAGUAUUAAAUAUAUCCAUGUUCUCUUUCAGCAAGCAUUGUGGCCAUUAAGAAGAAAUAAAUUAUUUAACUUGAUAAUAAGGCUGUUAAAUGAGAAAGUAACUGUUCAA